AAUCAGAGCGGGAGGAGCUGUCCACGGUGUCUCCACUCAGCUCCACGACCUGGCAAUGGGAGUCCCCAGAGCCAUCCUGCUCUGCCUCUGUGGGUCUGUGCUCUGCCUGACAGUGUCCCAAGCCCUGCAAUGCUACAGCUUCCAACACAUCUACUUCGGGCCCUUUGACCUCAGCAGAAUGAAAUUCCCCAAUGUUUCCUGUCCCCACGGAUGCGCAGAGUCUGUCUUGUCCCUGGACACCGGGUACCGCGCCGCCGUGACCACGGUACAGAAGGGCUGCUGGACAGGCCCGCCCACGGGCCAGAUGCAGUCGAACCGCAACGCGCUGCCGCCCGACUACUCGGUGUUGCGCGGCUGCAACACCGACUUGUGCAACGCCAAUCUCAUGAGCCAUGACGCCCUCCCCAACCUGAGCCCAGCGCCUAACCCGCAGACGCUCAGCGGCAUCGAGUGCUAUGCCUGCGUAGGGAUCCACCCGGAGGACUGCUCCCCAGAGAAGUCCCGGCGGGUCCAGUGUCACCAAGACCAAAGCGUCUGCUUCCAGGGCAAUGGCCAAAUGACCGUUGGCAAUUUCUCAGUCCCGGUAUACAUCAGAACCUGCCACCGGCCCUCCUGCACCAUCAUGGGCACGACCAGCCCGUGGACACACAUUGACCUCCAGGGCUCUUGCUGUAAUGGGCACCUCUGCAAUAAGGACUCUGUGACCCAGCCCUUCACCACUGCUUCAGCCACCACCGCACCCCAAGCACCCCACGUGGUGGCCCUGCUCCUCAUGGUUCCCCUGCUGGUUGGCAUUCUGGGAGGACCCCUUGGGCCCUCCCCAUAGGCAGUCCCUCCAGCAUCUCUACAAGCCGGAUGCUGGGGCACGCACACCCCUUCUCACCGCUGCAGCCCUUGUCAUAUGGAAAAUGAUGUCAAACCAGAGUUACACUCCUGUCUCCCUCGCUUCUCCCUCCCAUUUCCCUAUCACCACCUUGCCCCCACCUGCUCAGCAGGCCUGGGAGAAAUUGGACAAGGUCCCCAGUGUCCCAGGGUGGGGAGGAACAGCCAUAUCCUGCCCCAUGUGAAGAGCAAACCUGAUAAUAGAUAUUAUUUGCCGAGCACCAACCAGGCCCCAACAUCCCACGACCCCCUAGGACCAGCUCCAGCAGGAGCUACAAUCAUGUCUCUAUUAGUAUCACGAGAAGCUCAAGAGGCAGUAUACCCUAAAAGUUAGGGGCCCAGACUCCGGAGCCAGGCUGCAUGGGUUC